AUGGUCUUCAAGCCAACGAAUACCUCCAACCUUCUCUACAUAUUUGUAACGACUACCCUUGUGAUAGCACGAGCCCACAAUAGUGCAGCAAAUUCGAAGGAAAUGACUGCAGGGACUACAAUAGCAGAAACCUCCCAAGAAGACAAAAUCAACUUAAUUUGGGUAGUUCUCGGGUCGGUUUUCCUCAUGGCCAUCUUCGUCAUCAUGUAUCAAAUAAUUCUGAACUUCUUUUAUUCGCUCAAGACAUCAGUAGCUAAAGAGGUAGCUGAUCCAGAACUUCAAAAAAGGGAUUACAGUAAUGAACUAGAGAGUGAAAUUAAUUAUAAUUAUGAUAAAGUCAGUAUUACGGAUGACGACGAAAAUGAUUAUGCUGAAAAUAAUAAGUAA